AACUGAGCCUCUACUUUAGUCAAUCCUCUUUGAGCUGCCUGAUGAUCCACAAAAUCUGUCCCCAUCCAUCUGAACGUCUGACUCGCUCCAUCCAUCAUCAGAUCCUGUCAUAAUGAUCCCAAGUCCUCCUCAGAGUGACAGCUGAAGUCGUCUCCGAAAAUCUCCCCGAAUUAUUGACCUAAUUCCACCAAAAACAAUGAUGUGAUCCUAAUGCCAUAAGGUUAUGUCAAAAAACCACCAAAAAACAAAAACAUUACAUCAUGUAUCUGCGAUAUGGGCACGAAAAUUCCGGAGAAUGACCACAUGAAAUACAACAAGUGACCCUGGAAAAAAGAGAAGUUGGACGCAUUUAGAGUACAGAAUGUCUUCGGAGGACAAUGCAGAGAGGAGCAUCUCUGGGAGAUUGCAGCAGGUCCGACUCCUGUCAAAUGACAUUCAGGAUGGAGCUCCAGGUGAGCGAAAUGUGACGUCUUCCCCUCAGAAUAUGCAGAACAUCGGGAAUAUAACGUUUUCCAAUGCAAGAAGAGCCUUGGCAUUUUCCCUCGAUGAGGAGCAAUCCCUAGGGAUUUUAAAUCGACCGAACGAACCAUCGACAUCCUCUCGAGAGCACCUCCCUAGUAAUUCAGCAAGCACAUCGCACUUGGAAGGUAGACCACCAGGUGACCAGUCACCGAGUGAUGGAUCAUCUCGUUCACCUCCUCGGGAGGGACAGCACAGGCCCUCGUCCCAACUCUACAACUGGCAGGGGAGCAAGACAACGAUAAAAGAGAGAUUUGCUUUUUUAUUCAACAACGAGAUCCUCUCGAACGUGAGGUUUCUGGUGGGCAGAGGUGCACAGCAGCAGCGAAUUCCAGCUCACAAGCUAGUUCUCGCGUCAGGUAGUGCUGUCUUCGAUGCUAUGUUCAAUGGUACACUGGCAACAGCCUCGGCUGAGGUGGAGGUGCCCGAUGUCGAGCCCACGGCAUUCCUCGCUGUUCUAUUAUUUCUGUACACCGAUGAAAUACAAAUUGAUCCUGAAACCGUCAUGACUACUCUCUACACAGCGAAAAAAUAUGCUGUCUCCCCGUUGGAAAAACACUGUGUGGAUUUUUUGAGGAGUCAUCUUACUAGUGAUAAUGCAUUUCUACUUCUGACGCAGGCUAGAUUAUUUGACGAGCCACAAUUGGCUUCUGUCUGUCUGGAUGUCAUCGAUAAAUUUACCAAUGAUGCACUCAAUGCUGAUGGCUUCGCUGAUAUCGAUAUCGAUACUCUUAUGGUUGUCCUCGAGAGAGAUACUCUGAGGGUUCGGGAGUCCAAAAUUUUUCAGGCUGUUGUCAGAUGGUCCGAGGCGGAGUGCUUGAGACAACAGUUGCCAGUGACACCUGAGAAUCAAAGAUCAGUCCUGGGAAGAGCUCUGUCCCUCGUUCGAUUUCCUCUGAUGUCAGUCGAGGAAUUUGCGAUGGGUCCAGCCCAGUGUGGCCUCCUCACAGAUCGUGAAGUUGUCUCCCUCUUCCUGUACUUCACGGUAAACCCCAAGCCCUCGGUUGGCUUCGAGGCGAUGCCCAGGUGUCGAAUGAUGGGAAAAGAGCUGACAGUUUGCCGAUUCCAGCAGACAGACAGCAGGUGGGGAUACAGUGGUACCAGUGAUCGCAUUCGUUUCUGCACAGACAGACGAAUUUUUCUGGUGGGUUAUGGAGUCUAUGGGAGUGUUCAUGGACCAGCUGAGUACGAGGUACUCAUUGAACUCAUUCAUACAGCAUCAGGAACAGUUAUUGCCACCAACUCGACGAAUUUCAGCUGCGAUGGAUCCAGUUACACGUAUCGUUUGAUGUUCAAGGAACCCAUAGAAAUUAUACCCAAUACUAUUUAUACGGCAUCAGCUAUUUUUAGGGGCCCUGACUCUCAUUAUGGCACCAAGGGCAUGAGGUGUGUCACCGUUGACUGCGACUCAGGAAAGGGUAAAGUGAAAUUUCAAUUCAGCUUCGCUGCUGGUGACAACAAUGGCACAACUAUUGAAGAUGGACAGAUUCCAGAGAUUAUAUUUUACACAUGAUUAUUGAGCUCUUUGGGCUGUAAUUAAUAAACUUGAAGUAUUAUCGAAAAAUAUGAAAAUUUAUUUAUUGAUUUUUUUGAGUUUUGGAGACUU